AUGGCCACGCAAACAGGCCCCGUCGUUCCUCCUCGGCCGUCAAGGUCGCCUCAUCAGCAGGGCCUUGCGCCCAAUUCGGCGGAGAUACCCAAAAUCCCGCCUCGCCCCACUCGUCGUUUCGAGCGCUCGAUUUCUCCUCUGCGUGAUAGCUACGCCCCGUCGCCAUUGAACGAACCGCCCAACGGCGCAAGUCUGAGCCGCACGGUUUCCAACGACCUGCCCCAACGCCCCCCGAGUGUAACGAUACCUUCCCUUGGCGAAGAGGGCAUCGAGUAUGAAGACUUGGAUGUCAGUAGUGCCUCGGAAGGCCACCAUGCAACCCCCGCGGAGACUCGCAACGUGGGCAGCGAUCUCAAGCUGCAUGCGCCAAGGCCGUCGCUGCCGAAUGCCAGCGCCAAGGCCAAGGUGCAGGCCGUGACACGCACGGAUUCGCGCCAGGCUGCCGCGGCGGGUAUUGGUGGGAGGGUUGCUUCUCCCAUUCCCGAUGAGCAGCAGGACCGCUCUGCGCGCUCGCUGCACUCCCGGACCGGCUCGCGAGCCGAAUCCUCGACGGCGUCCGCCGAGCGUCGGCAGUCUUUCAACCCCGAUGAGCAUGGAAUUCCGGAGAUCGGACAGCGGGUCCCGAUGUAUCGCGACGCCGGUGAUGUUCAGGCGCCUUCUCCGAGUCCUUAUCAAACCGAGUUUGCUGGUUCAGGCCCGGGUCGCGCUCACAACCGAACCCGCAGUGGCCGCGAAGCCUCUCUCCCACCCGGUAGCUACGGCCUCCACGGACACGGGGUGCAGUCCAACGACAAAUUCAAGAAAGCUUGGUACGAGAAGCACCCUGAAGAGUACGUCAAGGAGGAACACGGUCAAUACGGGCCCGGAGUGGGGACUCCCCGGCCCGAUUGGGCUUUGAGCAGCGAUGAUUUGAACAAGAUUGUUCGUGGCUCCGCGGUGACUGGCUCAGGACUUGGUACUUCUCCUGCCGUGACCGGAACCCCGGAAGAAGAGGUUGGAUACAUCGCCAGCGAUCAGUACACCAACCACUUCUCGCCUCCUCCGCCAGAGUCCCGUCGUGACUCGCGCCCUGCUGUCGACUCCCCUCUACGCACGGAAACCACGUCCGCCCUAGAAUCCGAAGCUCAGCAAGAGGCUUCUCACCAAUCGGAGAAGCCCGGCGUCAUUCACGUCGAUGAACCAUACCACCAUCUGCACCACCCGGAUGGAUUUGCCCAGACUCCAGAGCCGGAGACUCUGACCCGUGGGGCUGGGGAAGACGGACCAGAAGACGAAGAACCCAUUCUGGCUGCUGAUGAGGUGCGCCCGGAAUCCGCCUUCCAGCACGCUGCAGUGUCGCCUACCUUCGGGCGAAGGGAAAGCUUCGAUCAUGAGGGUAGAAGUCGUACCCCGAGCGCAGCCCAUAGUCGCUCCAAUAGCAGAUCUACAAGUCUCCAUGGCAUGCCAACCCUUGCCAGGUUUAAUUCACGCGACGAGCGGGAAGAUGUCCACACGCCGCUCGAGGACGUCGAGGAAUACGAGCCUUUGUUCCCCGAGGAUGAAAAAAAGGAGCACAACGUCCUCCCGCCCGCCGAGCGCUUUAAAAAGCGGCCCGACAUGUCACAACAUCGGUUUCCUAGUCAGGAUAUCUGGGAGGAUUCUCCUAACAGCUUGCAGCUUCAUGCCACAGUCUCCACGCCAGACAUUCCCAAACAGGAUGUCUUCGAGACUCCGGAGCAAGAGUCAUUCCGCAGAAGCCAGACGAGCCAUCUUGAUCCGCAUAAAGUUGCUUCGCACAUUUUAGAUUCCGAGGACCAAGGGGAGAAGCCCGCCACCCGACCGGAUGUUUCAAAGCAGCGAUUCCCGAGUCGCGAUAUCUGGGAAGAUGCGCCCGAGAGCCACAAGCUCGUCACCACAAUAGAACCAUCAGAAGAAGAGGCGAAGGGUCCGGAGGUGAAAAGCCCCGAAGUCCCGGCAAAACCUGCCAUUCCGUCCCGACCUGCAAGACGUCCGCAACAGGCUCCUUCAGUGGACGCGUCCACGAAACCAGGCGCCUCACCGACCGAGAAGCGACAGCCGCCCCAAAUCCCCGACCGUCCCAAGCCCCAGGUCCCGAACCGACCGGCCAAACCUGCUUUCCGUGGCGGCAAUGAUCUGGAAGCUAAAGACCCAGCGGCCAAGCCCAAACCUGCAGUGCCAGCCCGGCCUGGCGGUGGUAAAAUCGCAGCUUUGAAAGCAGGGUUCUUAACCGACCUCAACUCCCGCCUCCAGCUUGGCCCGCAAGGGCCGAAGCCCCAGGAAAAGGAAGAGACACCUGCUGAGAAGGUCCCGCUGAGCGAUGCUCGCAAAGGACGAGCUCGGGGGCCGGCACGCAGAAAGCCUGUAGUCGAGAAGCCUACCCCCAAGCUGCCGACAAUUCCCGAGGUCAAGAUUACCACGACUUGGAAUGUCUGGCAAAUGAGCGAAGGCGGCAGCCUGACUGUGGGCGAUGAGGAGAAGACUGAACCUCGCGCUGUGACGCCGCCUGAUACCUCCCUCUCGGAUAAUGCCACAAUGGCGCCCCCGCUGGCCAAGAAUCUGGCGGGCGAGUCGGCGGAUCCUCCGCUCUCGCCGAUCAAACAGGAGAAUCAGGAAACCCCCGUCUCUCCGGACGUCACGACCAACGCCGAGCCUCAGCCACCUGUCGCCGACACGGCGCCAUCACCACCAACCGAACCCGUCACGGUACCUUCUUUUAACGAACCUGUGACCAAACCGGAGGAGGCGGCCGCCGCAGACGCCUCUCCCAAAGCUGAGAUUGAGGCCUCCGACCCCAAUCACCUGUCUCCUACCUCUUCUCCUGAAGAGCAAUUAGACGCCGCUGCUGAACAGCUAGCUGCCUCUGCCGACGGAAAGAGACUCUCGGACGGUGGAUCUUAA